CUCCACCACCCCUGAAGGCCCGCCCCUCCGCCCCGGAGACCCCUCCACCACCCCUGAAGCCCUGGCGCUCCACCCGGGCGGACGGCGACCUCCAGCCGCUGCAGCUGCGGUCCCAGAUGGCGAGGCAGGGCUCGCUGGACUCCCCGCUCAGCCCCGCCUCGCGGCCACGCAGCCCCUGGGCCCGCCUGGACCCCUACGACUCCCCAGAGCAGGACCAGGACAAGGAGUAUGUCGGCUUUGCCACGCUGCCCAGCCAGGUGAACCGCAAGACCGUGAAGAAGGGCUUCACCUUCACCCUCAUGGUCACAGGGGAAUCUGGUUUGGGUAAAUCCACCCUGAUCAACAGUCUGUUCCUCACCGAUCUCUACAAAGACCGGAAGGUUCCCAACGCUGAAGAACGGAUCCUCCAGACGGUUGGCAUCGUCAAACACACCGUGGGCAUCGAGGAGAAAGGGGUCCGACUCCGGCUGAACAUCAUCGACACGCCGGGCUUUGGAGACGCUGUCAACAACACAAAGAGCUGGAAGGAGGUGGAGGACUACGUGGACCAGCAGUUUGAGCAGUACUUCAGGGAGGAGAGCGGGCUGAACAGGAAGAACAUCCAGGACCACCGAGUGCACUGCUGCCUCUACUUCAUCUCCCCCUCCGGCCACGGUCUCCGUCCCCUGGAUGUGGAGUGCAUGAGGGCCUUGCAUCAGAAGGUCAACAUAGUUCCUGUCCUGGCCAAGGCUGACAGUCUCACCCCCGCUGAGGUCCGCACAAAGAAGCUGAAGAUCAGGCAGGAGAUUGAACAGUUUGGGAUCAACAUCUACCAGUUUCCCGAGUGUGACUCAGAUGAAGACGAUGAGUUCCAACUACAGGAUCAAAUCCUCAAGAACAGUGUCCCCUUCGCAGUCAUUGGCAGCAACCUUCAGGUUGAGAGUGAAGGCCGAAGGUUCAGAGGUCGAAUCUAUCCGUGGGGGCUUGUAGAAGUGGAGAACCCCGAGCACUCCGACUUCCUGCUGCUGAGGAACAUGCUGGUCCGGACCCACAUGCAGGACCUGAAGGACGUGACCCGGGAGAACCACUACGAGAACUACCGGGCCCAGUGCAUCCAGAGCAUGACCCGCAUGGUGGUGCAGGAGAGGAGGCGCAGUCUGUGUGACCAGAUCCAACAUGAGAACAGCGCAGACGUUCCCCUUCCUCUGGCGGUCAUCGCCAGCGAGAAGGAGAGGCUGAUCUUGGAGAAAGAUCAGGAAUUGAGGAGGAUGCAGGAGGUACUGGAGAGGAUUCAAGAGCAGAUGCUGCAAAACCACAGAGACGGCUUCUAAAUAGAAACCAAGGGAAAGACGAGGACCAGCCGAGAGCACGUUGAAGACCAGGUCGGAAACGGCUUCUUGGACAGCACCAAAUACUGGAGGAAGGUUGAAGUGGCUGUUGAAUCAUAGGCAUAGAAAAGACUGUGUGGACAGGGCCUCAAUUCUACCCUGGAAACCAAAAUUUAAGCUACUUCCAGGAGUCCUGUCCUAGUCAACAGCUCCAUUAGUCUUGUGUUGGGUUUCUAGUUAACGGCUCCACUAGUCUUGUGUUGGGUUUCUAGUUAACGGCUCAACUAGUCAUGUGUUGGGGUCCUAGUUAACGGCUCGUUGGGCGAUAUAGGACGUCCAUAGGAACAAUUUUUUCUUACUGAUUUUUGUAUUUCUUUUUCCAUUUAAUAUAAAUUUAACCUUUUUAUUUGCAAUUUGAGACCAAAUAAUAAAUUAUUUCAAACUUUA